AUGAGCUCUUCCAUCCCGUCCAUCACAUACGACAACGACUUCGACGUCGCUGCCCUGUUGUUUGCCGUGGGGGCGCUCGACGUUCCCGGAAUCGCCGUCGCUGCAGCCGACCUGGAUCGACUGGGAAAAUACCUCGGUACAACCGGGAAACUAUACGCAAUAUGUGCACAUGCGAACGCACUCCUCGAUCCCGCUCCGGAUGCCCCGCUCGCACCUCCGGCGGAACCUUCAUCGUCGGCUCCAGCGCCCGCCCUCCCCGUCCACGUCUCCGCCUUGCCCAUCCCCGCCCUUCCCGUCCCCGCCUCCCCCGUUCCUGCCUCCCCCGCCCCGGCCCUCCCCCUCCCCGCCCCCUCCGCCCUGGCCUUCCCCAGCCCCAGCCCUUUUUCUGCGCUGCCCUUGCCCCCGGCGCAGUACAUGCCGGCGUCGGGCGUGUGGGGACACCCGGCUCAGCCCACCGUGUUCCUGCCAUGGCCACCGGUACCAUGCCCCAGCCAAUUCGCGCCCGCGCUCAACGCUCAUCCUGUUGCGCGCUACUCCGCCGCGCCCCACCCUUACCACGCCGCCCGAACCCACACCCCUGCAUAUGCCCCCGCGACGACAGUCGCGCCAAUUUCACACACGCUCGCUGCGACACAACCUGUCGCCUCGUCCUCGUCUUCGUCUUCGUCUCUGUCCGCGCCGCAUCCCCCGUCUGCCAAGACGCUAGGGAAGCGCAAGGCUGCGGCAGAGCCAGACGCGCCCGCCCCCCAGGACAAGAAGUCGCGCACGACGCCGGCGCGCGUGGAGGAUGAGGUGAAGUGCCAGUGGGAGGGCUGCAACACUGGAAUUGUGGCCGGUGAUUACCGCAAGCACCUUCUCGCGAAACACUGGCCGGACGUCACGGCGGUGGACCACGUGAAGGGGCGGCAGGUGUGCAAGUGGGUGGGGGACUGCAAGGCUAGGCAGGACCCGAAGACGAAGGACGGCUUAUCUGAUCUAACCGGCCUGUUCAAGCACUUGAUGGACAGCCAUUUCGGGGCCAGGAAUCAACCGUGCGGAACCUGUAAUAAGAGGAUGCGGCCCGAUGCUCUGAAGAAACACGAGGCGAUAUGUGGCAAGAAGUCAUAA